AGUUUGAAUGGAAAUCGUUUAGUUUCAGUUUUCUGUAACCCAUCUCAAGCAAUGCACUGACUGGACUGCCUAUAGUAAAUCCAAAUCAAAACUACACCCUUUUCUUCCCGCACUUCCUCUUUUUGUAAAUGGUCUUCCUAUAUUUGUUUUUGUUAUCAUCAUGAUUUUGUUAAACGGCCAUAAGUUAUGUUGUCAUGUGCAUAAUGACGCAUCCGACAGUGUGGACUUCCUCAAAUAUCUUCUGCACCAGAGCCUGACGACUUGAUCUCUCUUUACAUCCUAAAACAACCUUUAUACCUUGAAAGGAUGGAGAAGAAUGGAGGAAACCCACGCCAGCAGCAUUAUGGGCUGGUUCCGUCAGCGUUUUGGAAAGCAAAGGAAUGAGUCGAACCAAAGCAAAGUAAGCACAUGUUCUCAGGAGUGCUCAUCUGGACACUCCAACACCACAUCCAUCUCCUCUUCAUCCUCUUCCUCAUCUACACCUUCGACGUCAGCGAAACCGUCCGCUUCAGAAAAGCCUCUUCCCUCAGUGCUCUUCUCAUCCUCACGCUCAUCUCGCAGAUAUGACGUGUAUCUGUGUCACACUGAGAAGGACUUCGAUCUAGCACAGAGUUUGGCCGCUUUCCUUGAAGAUCCCUGUAAAGGCCUGCGCUGCUUCCUGCAGGACCGGGACUGUCCUCUAGGCGGCGCUGUGUCCACUGAGAUCCUGCAAGCCGUGCGGGACAGCCACUGCUGGGUGCUUCUGCUCACCCCACACUUUCUGAAGGACGAGUGGUGCUUAUAUCAGAUGCACCAGGUCCUGUGUGAGGGACCCAUGUCCCAGAGGAUCAUCCCUGCCUUUAUAAACAUGCCCAGAUCCCAGAUCCCGCUGGAACUGCGCUACGUCUUUACUGUGGAUCUGAAUGCGAACAAAGAGUCUGGCUACUUUCAAGUGUACACGGCCGUGCUUCGAUAUUUGAAGGACAUGUGUGAGAAGGAAAAGCCCAUCAAUGAGUCCAACAGCUGAGAAGACACUACCAACAUUCAUUGCAUUCACCGCAAUGACACUAUUCUUCACUUCCAAGAAGUGACAUGCAAACAAGUAUAUCCUCCUUUUUUUUUCCAUAUCAUGGGUGUAACCCAAGAAGACUUCAUGUAAACAUUUGUAUUGCGUUAAAACUAUCUUGUGAAAUGAGCCCUAGAUGGUAAUAGAAAGUCACAAUGCAUGAGCUCAAGCAUAAAAUAGUUUCCCUUGCUGUUUUUAGGUCAAAGUCAGAUUAGAGAAAGUGCUUAUGUAACAUACCCAACCAAAAAUUAUUUUAAAAUUAUGCUCUCAUUCAAACACACCCACCCACACACACAUAUGCACAGAAAGAAAUGAAACCAGAUAUAAAUGACACGACAGGCAUUUAUAGCCACGAAGAAUCUCAUACCUGUAUUAAGUAUAAGUGUUUACAUGCAGAUAUGAUCUUAAGUUAACCACAGAGAGCUCAUGUUUGCUUGUCAUCUGUGGUUGAAAAAACUGAGGCUUGAAGAAGAUGCUUCACUGGCAUUUCAAUGCUUUCAAAAUGAGUUUAUGUAAACCAACAGGACACCUCAAAGAACUGCAGCUAUGAUUAAA